CGGCCUCUUUCCUGUGUGGCCGGGAGCUGCUGUUAGCUGCUGCUGCACCCCAGAGGACCCCUGUGUAGCGGGAUUUUGUUUUUGUUUUUAACUGUUUGUCUCUGACAGUCCGCUAACUGUCCUCCACCAUGCCCAUGUACCAGGUAAAGCCCGUCUGUGGUGGUCACAUAAAGACUGAUUUACCAACCUGCAUGUACAAGUUACCAAAUAUCCACGCGCAGCAAGGGAACAGCUGCACCUCUGAACACGCUCUUCAGAAUGGCGAGGUGGACCCAGCGGUCAAAGCACUGGAGGCCCGGCAGGAUGAAAUCAUGAGAAAACUGUAUGAGCUGAAAGCAGCUGUCGAGGGCCUGGCCAAGACGGUGACCACCCCAGAUGCUGAUCUUGACCUGACAGUAAGCAGCAGCCUCUCCUCCCAAUGCUCCAGCUCCACAAAUUUCAAAGGUGUCGCAGAGCUGGACACACUACUGGGCAAGGACCUCGGUGCUCUCCGCGACAUCGUCAUAAACGCCAACCCGGCUAAGCCACCCCUGUCCCUGCUGGUGCUCCACAGCUUGCUGUGUCAGCGCUAUCGGGUGCUCUCCACCGUCCAUGUCCACUCCUCGGUUGACAGUGUGCCGUCACAGCUCCUGUCCUGCCUCGGCCCACGACACGCAAACAGCUAUGCCCGCCAGAUGUUCCAGCUGGGAUUCACCCUCAUAUGGAAAAAUGUCCCCAAACUGCAGAUGAAGUUCAGCGUCCAGAACAUGUGUCCCAUCGAGGGCGAGGCCAACGUGGCGCGCUUCCUCUUCAAGCUGCUCGCUCCCUACCCCAGUGAUCCUGCUCUCGCCACGCUGGUGGACAGCUGGGUGGACAUAGCUUUCUUCCAGCUGGCAGAGGGCAGCGCCAAGGAGCAGGCCACCGUCCUGCGGGCCCUCAACUCCACUCUGGGCCGCCACCCCUGGCUGGCCGGGCCAGAGUUCUCCCUGGCCGACAUUGCCUGCUAUUGCUGCGUGCUGCAAAGUGGCUCGGCCUCCUCAGCUCCCGCUCAUGUCCAGCGCUGGAUCAAGUCCUGUGAGAACCUGGGACACUUCAGCUCUGCCAAGCUGCUUCUGCAGUGACUGGGGCUGUCCAGACUCCAGAGGAGUUUCUUACCCAAGCAAAGUGAGAGAAGGGCAUUAGAAUAUUAAACUAUCCCAGCCAUGUCUAGAGCACCUUCUAAUGCUUCCUUCCUUAGUGUACUAUAUCACUGAACUGACAAAGACUCCGUUGAAGCAAAAUGGAUGACGGUUAAAGUAACUUAAGUAUUUAUCUCCGUGAUGCUGCUUUGUAUAAGAGAUUCUAAGGCUAUAUUUUGCAAGGCAGGAAGCAUAAGAGGCCUGUUAAGACAAGGGCUUGGUGAUGGCUCAAUCAAAGGUACUGACAGAAGUUGUUAGUCUAACACACACUGUACACCCUCCACCCACUUUGUGCCUAACAUGAUCCUGUUCUAAAUGUGUCUGUUAAUGUGUGGUAACGGGUAUUACUCGGGGUUUUCAGAAGUAAUACUUUGUACCAUUUGUUUUUCAGAAAUCAUUAAAACUUUCACUUUGGAUCAAACUUUGAA